UAAUGUGAUAUGUGUUGGCCUCAAACGUCUGCUUACAAGGAAUAUUGAAGCACUUUCUUGCUCAUCAUUUUAGAGUUUAGCUUUAAAAAUCAUGGAAAUUCUGUGACUGUUCUUGGUUUAAGUUUUAAAGAUGUCUAUUGUAAGGAGGUUAAGCGAGAGAAUCAGAAAGUCGUUCAGGCGUCGACCGCGUCCCGGUUAUUCAACAGCAGAUACUGUUGAUGCUAGGCCAGUGAAGAAAGGAUGCAUAAGAUGUAAAAUUGCACUACUUGAUGGCAGUGACUUGACUAUCGAUGUAGAGAAAAAAGCACUUGGUCAAGAUUUAGUUAAAAAAGUACUGAUGCACCUUGAUUUGGUUGAAAAGGACUAUUUCGGUCUCCAGUUUAUGGACACAAAACAAGUUCCUCACUGGCUAGAUCCAACCAAGAAAGUGAUAAAGCAAGUUAAGAUUGGUCCUCCAUACACAUUGCACUUCAGAGUAAAAUUCUAUGCAGCAGAGCCAGAAAGCCUUCAUGAAGAGCUCACUAGGUACCAUUAUUUCUUACAAAUAAAGCAGGAUAUAUUGAGGGGAAAGCUGACGCCAACAUUUGAACAGAUGGCUGGAUUAGGUGCAUAUGCUGUGCAAUCUGAGCUCGGUGAUUUCGAUCGAACUUUGCAUAUUGGGAAUUAUGUGUCUGAAUUUCGGUUUAUGCCAGAUCAGACUGGACAGUUGGAAGCUAGAAUUGAAAGGCAACACAAACAGUUGUUGGGAAUAAAUCCUGCUGAAUGUGAGUUAGAAUUCCUUAAAAUCGCAAAGGACCUGGAAAAUUAUGGUGUUGAUAUGCAUCCAGUUGAGGAUAUUCAAGGCAAGGAGUGCCAGCUUGGCUUAUCUGCUCGAGGAAUCCUUAUAUACAAAGACAAUCAAAGGGUUGCAGGACAUCCAUGGCCCAAAAUCACAAACAUUGCAUUUCACAAGAAGGAAUUUGUUAUGGCAGCAGAGAAACAGAAUGGAAAUGAAGAAUUCAGAUUUGCACUCCAUAACUCACGGGCCAGCAAGCAUUUAUGGAAGUGUGCCGUAGAGUAUCAUACUUUUUUCAGGAUGACAAGAGCAGCUGAACCAGUUAAAAGAAGAUCAAGUUUUUUGAGUUUUGGAUCUAAAUUUCGAUACAGCGGAAGAACACUUCAUCAAGCGAAGAAAGACGACAGUGUGAAUGCCAGAAAGUCUCUUCAUGUCAAAAGGACAAGAAGUGAGAGAUAUGCUCAAAGAUCCACUAUAGGAUAUAUCAGAAUUGGCUCAAACGUUUGGGCUAAGUCAUUCAAUGGUGAUUAUUAUCGCGGUCAAGUUACUGCUUUGUCUGAAAAAGUCUACAUAAAAUUUGAUAAUGGAGAUACAAUCGCACAUGAUAGAACUGAUGAAGAGUGUGUAGUAUUCGAUAUGGAUCCAAACCCAAGUGAAGUAGAAAUUGGUUCAAAAGUUAUCGCUCACUGGAGUGGGUUAUCUGCAAUGCUUCGUGGAACUAUAGAGAAAAAAGAAGGCGAAAAGUAUUUUGUCUUGUAUGACGAUGGUGAUAAGGCCUACAACAGAAUUCAGCAAAUCAGAAUUUUGAAGCCACCUCUCUACUUUGGGCCAGGAUCAGGUUCCUCUCGCAUCCAGAAGCGCCUUUCGAUGAAAGCAACAUCAUUAAUCGGUGAUGCAAGAACUUCAACAUCCGCUGAUGAUAAUUUAGGCUCAAGGAGCCAGAAAGGUGGCGAGGUGACAGUCACUGCUGAUGUUGUCCCAGACCGAAGAAUUAACUCAAGGCCUGACAAGACUUCAGUGAAAUCAAACAGAAGCGACACGAGUGAAGUGUUCUUUUCGAAGUUCGAUUCCAUGAAUGCAAACAACGGCUCAAGACCACCAAACAACGGUUCGGAUGCAAACUCAAACGGCUAUAGGAACCGGGACCAGCCGCAACGUGGGUCUCCAAAUGAAACUGGUAGCCAGAAGUGGUACACUCACGUUAAAACAAGCGAAAUUGCUGAAGAAAGACAGCCGUUGGCCCAAGAGAGGACAGAUGGUAGCUCACAUUACAAGGUGGUACAGAAGACAACAAGAACAACAAGAUCACACGAGUCUUCGUACAAACAAAGGGCCAACAACGGUAAUCGGGCGGAGCCUGCUUUCGUCACAGAACUUUAACCUGCUGGGCGUUACCUUAAAUCUAUCUCAUCGAAUUUUCUCUUCUUUAAGUGUAACCAAUGCAUAUUUAAUCUUUAGUUAAUGGGCUUGUUAAUGACAUUGUAAAUAAAUCUAAUCUGGGACAGGGACAAUCUUCAACAGCGCAGCGAGACAAUCUGAGGGAUAUAUUAUCGUUGGCUGCAAUGACGUCUUCAGCUUGCUCAUCAUUUAUAUGGACCAAGCGGUUAUUUUUCACAGGUACUUUUGCAAAGAUAUGAAUUUUAUAUAUGCAGUUUAACUUUAGAAUGAGGAAGGCUAGACAACAGGGCAUCAUUAUCAGAUUGAUAUUUAGUAAUAGUUGCAGAGACAUCACACACUCGUUUCAGAGUUCCAACGUAUUUGUUCUGAAGGAAAGGAAGUCACAGAAAACAAAUAAUUUCACCGACCACACCCGUACCAUGUCUUCUUCCCGUAAUUUUUUUAUCAAUUUAAGGUCAAGCAUCUUUUUUAUUCCGAUUGGUUUUCAUAUUUUUUAACCAGAACUUUUUUCAUACCGCUAAGAACAACCACGAGCCAUUUUAAAUCUUCUUCACGCUCGAAGAUAACCAAAUGAACAAAGAGUUAGCGACUUUACCAUUUAUCAGUUACCACAACAAUACAAUUACACGCAUAUGCAUUAUUCGUGACGUUUCUCUGGUCAUUCCCAAUAGUUACUGCGACAACCUCCACCAUGCAAAUAUAUUAGAAGGUAGCAUUACUAGAGGUUCCUGAGGGACCCGCAUAAAACGUUCUUGGAAUUUCGCUUAAUCUCUACUGGGUAGGUAGCCAAUCGUAAUAUUUUGACACAUAAAACUGCAUUAUGGGAAAUCGUUUUUAUCAUUCAAAAUCGAAUUAUAGGACAGACGUAUUUUGUUUUUCAAUUAUAACGGGUAUUUUUUGCUGUUUCUCAGUCGCAUGUAGUGUAGAAACUUUAACGUUGAAAUGACAGUUACUUGGUUGAUAUUAUGUUCUUAAAGACAGGUUUUGGAUCUAGCUGAUAUAUAGUUUCGGUAACGUUAUAUGUUUUAGGAACUAGUUUUUGUAGUAAAAGCGGACAUUGUUGCCGAAAAGUCAUAUUUUAUCCUGUUUAUUCUGACACAUGAUAAUGGAACUCGAUAUUUUUUGCGUA